AUGGAUGCUGCCUCAGAAGUCUUCCAAUCCGACAUGACAGUAGAAAACCUGGACCAAACGACAGCAGAGCAAAUGGGCGAUCCUUCCAACGGUCUUGGUCAAGAUAUCAGCGGGUCAAGUGUUCAAAGCUCGAGAAGCCGUGCUAAAAGUCCGAGUCGUCCCGGGGUUGACGAAGGAGGUCGUCGAUCAAAUGGGAGUAGAGAAGCCUCGUUUUCGAGUAGUCACAUAGCACAUUCCUCGCCUGGAAAACCUCACACAAACAUGUUCGAAAAAGCAAAAGCCUGCCUCAGAUCUAUCGAGAACAACGGCAGUAAGGUUCAACGAAAGGCGGAAGUACAAGUAGAAGCUCGACAACCUAUCGUCAACAAUACUCAGAAUCAGUCUGUAGAGAGAUGUAGCAUCGAUGACGACCAAGUCAGACAACUGAAUACCAAAUUAGACAAGAUUUCGACAUCGGCCAUCACAUCCAAAGACAUAGAGAAUUCGGAAGACGAAAUCUACGACAGCACGGAAGACUGGAGAGAGGGCAUGUCUGAAAAAUUACACAACAUGGACUACACGAUAUACGGCAUUAAAGAGAAGACAGACAUGACGCUCCACACGAUGGAGCGCAGCAGAGUGCCCUGA